AUGGCGCAGUGGACUGCUCACAUAAAGCGUCUUACCAGACACAAUGUUGCAACAUUCCGCAGCUCGCCUUGGGCCGAGCUCUCUGGCUCGCUCGGUGACCUGGGCACUUUGCUUCCUUUGAUGGUCGCCCUUGCUUUGCAAGAUUCCAUCCAACUGGGAUCGACUUUGGUUUUCUCGGGCAUUUUCAACAUCUUGACAGGAUUGCUGUUUGGCAUCCCUCUGCCCGUGCAGCCCAUGAAGGCUAUUGCAUCGGCAGCUAUAUCGGCACGCGAGGAUCCGUCCAUGGGCGUCGUGGUCGCUGCAGGUCAAUAUGUCGGUGUCGCAGUCCUCGUGCUGAGUAUUACUGGUCUUCUACGAUGGAUCGUUCGUGUCGUGCCAAUCCCCGUGGUUAAGGGCAUCCAGCUGGGCGCCGGCUUGUCACUGGUCAUCGGGGCCGGAUCAUCACUUCUCAAACCGCUUCGCUGGGUUGACCCUGCUCUUGACAAUCGUGUGUGGGCUCUUGCUGCGUUCAUUGUCCUUGUGAUGAGCCAAAGACUCUCGCGCUUCCCGUAUGCGUUGUGCUUCUUCGCCCUGUCGAUCUUGUUCGCCGCCAUCAGCAUCGGAACCAAAGGGGAUGCGCGAGCACCGGGAUUGCAACUCUGGCAUCCAAGGUUCGUCAUGCCUGAAUGGGUCAACGGACAUGAUUCCCCAGCCUUGUGGAUGGCGAUAGGGCAGCUACCCCUUACAACGCUCAACUCGAUCAUCGCCGUGAGUCAGCUUUCAAGUGAUCUGUUGCCAGACCUUCCAGCGCCUUCCGUCACGUCCAUGGGUUUGAGCGUGGCAUUCAUGAAUCUGACCGGAACAUGGUUCGGUGGCAUGCCAAUGUGUCACGGUGCUGGUGGGCUAGCAGCUCAGUAUCGCUUUGGUGCUCGCAGUGGAGCAAGCAUUGUCAUGCUUGGAAUCUUCAAAUUGGUGCUGGGCCUCUUCUUUGGCGAGACUCUUGUUGAUCUCCUGCGUUAUUACCCCAAGAGCCUGCUGGGUAUCAUGGUCUUCGCGUCAGGUCUUGAGCUAGCCAAGGUAGGCAACAGCCUAAAUAAUGGUGCGCCAGACCUCUGGCAGGCUGCGGCGGGCCUGAGCAAUAGGCGACAGCGAGAACUGACAGACGAGGAGCGCAUGGAGAGAUGGACCGUGAUGCUGACUACAGCGGGUGGCAUCCUAGCCUUCAGAAACGAUGCCCUGGGCUUCUUGGCAGGACUGAUGUGUCACGGAGCCCACGAAUUGGACAGAUAUCUGCGUGAAAGACACGCCAAGCAGACGCGCUCUGCAACGGAACGUGACCGCCUGCUACAGUAA